AUAUAACAAGAUUGGACGGAAUAUAAUAAUUCAAACAUAAACAGUAAAAUGCAGGAAAUAUAUGCAGUGCAUUAAUGCAUUAUCAUUUUAAGUUACAGUUUCGAUGUCCAGAAUAAGUAUUUAGUCUGUGACUUUCUUUUCCAGUCUACAUUCAAAAAGCAUAACAUACAAAUAUGCUGGACUUUCAAAUUCAAAAUGGCGACCUAUGCAACCUUGAAGAAGAGCUUUAUGACAUUUUCUCGAAAUCCAAUUGUAAAAAUGUGCUUGAUGAAUCCCUAGCAGCAUUUGAAACAGGAGAUCUAUCUCAUCUGGUCAAGGAAGAAUUGAAAUGUACAAUACAAACAAGAAGACUAGCAAAAGGACAAGACGAACUCAAAGUAAACUUUUCUGAGGAAAUCAAGUACCAGCUUACAGAAGAUGAACAGAACAAAAUUGUAAGAAGACGAGAACAAAAUAGAAUGGCAGCAAGGAGGUUUCGAAAGAGGCGGAAACAAAAUAAGAAAACACUCUCCGAGAUUCAAGAUCUUGAACGUGAUAGUGAUGAAAAGACUGCUGAAAUUAAGAGAUUGCGGGAAGAAAAAGAGACUCUUCUUAAACUUUUAAAUGAUCACUUACUUGUUUGUCCUGGUAUUCAAACGACUUUGUAAAAUAGUAUGAUUGUUGUGAUUUGAAAAAAAGAACAUUUGUG